UGAACAAUCAAACAUUUAUCAAAUUUGAUCGAAACAGUAGUCUAGUGGGAGGAUAUUAGAUAUUAUCUGUAAAACAGCUUGGCAGAGCAAUGCGUGGAACGUGAGUUUUAAUAAAAUGUACGCAGGCUUGUUAAAUUAACUUUGAACACGUUUUAAAAAUGCGUUCUAAUGUAAACGGAUGUGUAAUGUUAUCAUCAAAUUACGUUGACCUACAAAUUAUGAGAAGUCUAGUGUUGGAAAAAUAAAUGCGUUUGCAUGAAAAUAAAAACAAAAUGUUAAAAAUCACGAGAAAUGUGCGUACACAGAAAAUAACAGGUGCAAAUUAAUUUCAAAUAGUGAAGUGAUGGCGUUGUAUCGUGAAAUACUAAAUAAUUAUUGUUGCUGAAAUUGAAUUCGCCGAAAAUUGGCAUGAUGCAACAACGAUGCCAUAAGGAAAAUUCGCUGGUUUGAAGCGCACAGACGUAACCUGUUAUCUCUUGUUCAACUGACAAAGUUCUAAUGAACUUUGGCAUUUUGAUUCGCCGAAAAUUGGCAUGAUGCAAGAGCGUUUUUCUGCAAGGUAAAUUCGCUGGUUUGAAGCGCACAGACGUAAUUUCUCAUCUCUUGUUUAACUGACAAAGCUUCAAUGGACUCUGCCAAUAACAUUUUACCGGAUCGUGUUUCAUGGAGCAUACGGUAUUGCUGUGUUUUAUCUCGAAGAGGAGCGCAUGUAACCUAACUUUUUAAGAGGUUUAAAAUUAACUGUCAGAUAUAUAAUUAUCCGCGUGUGAGAACGCCCUCAAAAUGACGUAUUUUCGAUUUUACAUCGUCAUCGCUGUCGUCUUGCUAUGUGGUCUCGCUGAAGAUCUACCUGAGACUCACAGCACAGGGCUGAUUCAAGAACAAGAUGAUCCGUUGCUGAUAAUAUCUACACUGAGUGGAUCAUUUAUUGGUAUAGAUCAACGAUCCGGGAAGAUACGCUGGCGUCAAGAUGAUGAACCAGCCGUCAAGGUGCCAGUCGAUGUCUCUGAACCAGUUGUGCCGAUGUUUUUGCCAGAUCCAAAGGACGGCUCUCUUUAUGUAUUUUCGGCUGAAUCAGAGGCAGUAAAAAAGCUGCCGUUCACGAUUCCCCAAUUGGUUGCUAGUAGUCCAUGUCGUAGUAGCGAUGGGAUACUGUAUACAGGACGUAAAACUGAUACAUGGUUUAGCAUAGAUCCUCACACUGGUGAAAGGGAACAUCUGCUUGGUUUUGACAAAGUGGAAUCCACCUGUCCUGUUAAGGUUCAAGAUGCGGUGUUCGUCGGCAGAACGGAGUAUAACAUUAUGAUGGUCGACAGCAAACAGAAGGACAGAAAGUGGAAUGUUACUUUUUACGAUUACUCUGCAUCAAAAAUGAAGCCCGAAGGCACAGAUAACUAUGAACUCAUACACUUCAGUACAAGUUCUACGGGUCGAAUAGUGACUUUAGAUCGACGACUCGGAGUUGCGUUAUGGGAACUGGAUUUAGAAAGUCCGGUAGUUGCUGCUUACACCGUUAGUGACGAUGGCCUAGUAUCGGUACCAUUCACAAGUGUUGCUGAUGGAACUUUGGAUCACCUUUUAAAGAGAUUUAAAGCACGACCCGGUGAUAUUCAGCUUUAUCCGACACUCUACGUGGGUGAACAUAGACAUGGAUUAUACGCUUUACCAUCCUUGGUUGAUUCCAUGAGUGCCACAAUAACUACGAAGGCUGGCCACCUUCUGAUUGAAGGACCGCUGAUGUUGCCACCAGAUUCAGACAACGAAGAUGAUUCCUUAUCAGAAAAACAUAUUCCAGUACCUCAUAUUUCAGAUACGGAUAAUGAUUCUCAUAGCAUUCCAGUGCAGAAAGGCGUAAUUGUAUUAGGUCACUACCAAGUACCUCCUGAAUAUCAAGUUCAAAAUCAACCGCUGCAGAUCACGGGUCGUUCAGAUCCUGUUAUUCAAACCACUCCACCAACUCUUAAUGUUACGAGAAAACAGGUGGUUGCUGUUCAAACUGAGAAUGAUGUUAACAGUACCAUUGAGUACAAAGGUAUGCGAAAGACUGUUCGAACGGUCUACAAUGCCACGAAACUUUGGCUCAAUCAACAAGAGAAUAAAGGGCUCAAACUUGCCUUGAUCAUACUGAUGGGGUCCCUAGUGGCUAUGUUUUGGUAUUUCAAUGCACAAUUUAAGGAAUUCCAACAGUUGUCUCAGGGCUCACGAGAAAACAGCCGAACGAGCAGUAAUGGCAAAAGUGGUUACACUGCGAUACCCGAAGAUGUUGGAGAGGGAUUGGUCAGAAUAGGAAAAAUCACUUUCAACACCGAAGAAAUUUUGGGCAAGGGAUGCGAAGGUACAUUUGUGUACAAAGGGGAAUUCGACGGUCGCUCAGUAGCUGUAAAACGAUUGUUGCCGGAGUGUUUUACAUUCGCCGAUCGGGAAGUAGCUUUGUUGAGAGAAUCGGAUGCCCAUCCAAAUGUUGUUCGAUAUUUCUGCACUGAACAGGACAGGAUGUUCCGAUAUAUUGCAUUGGAGUUAGCUGAAGCAACUCUGCAGGAUUAUGUUGCUGGGCGAUACAAUGUUGAUAAAAUAUCUGCUAAGGGUAUUCUGAGACAAGCCACCGCAGGUCUUGCUCAUCUCCACUUCUUAGAUAUAGUUCACAGGGAUAUUAAGCCCCACAAUGUACUCCUCUCUGUCCCUGGACCUCGCGGAGAGGUCAGAGCCAUGAUAUCGGACUUUGGACUUUGCAAAAAACUUCAGCUCGGUCGUAUGUCUUUUUCGCGAAGGUCGGGAGUGACGGGAACUGAUGGAUGGAUCGCACCUGAGAUGCUCAUUGGAGAGAGAACUACUUGCGCAGUUGAUAUAUUCUCGCUCGGAUGUGUCUUCUACUAUGUUUUGUCGGGCGGGAAGCAUCCGUUUGGCGAUCCAUUAAGAAGACAAGCAAAUAUUUUAUGUGGAGAUAGCGAUCUUUCAGUUCUUCAAGGGAUAUCCGCAAGCGAUCGUGAAUUAGCUUUGAUUUUAAUCAGGGCUAUGAUUGCUGGUACACCAGCUGAUCGCCCACCGGCUACUGCCAUUCACCAACAUCCCAUAUUUUGGAACGCUGCACAGAUACUUGGAUUUUUCCAGGACGUCAGCGAUAGAGUAGAAAAAGAUGACCCAGACAGUCCAGCUCUGCUUGCUUUAGAAUCUGGAGCAUCUACUGUUGUGCAAGAAGAUUGGCGCUUACACAUAGACGUCGAAGUUGCUACCGAUCUUCGAAAAUAUCGAAGUUAUCGUGGAGAGAGUGUCAGAGAUUUGUUAAGAGCUCUUCGAAACAAGAAACAUCAUUAUCGAGAAUUGACACCGCAGGCUCAAUUAAGCUUGGGACAAAUUCCAGAUAAAUUUACAGCGUAUUGGUUGAAUAGAUUUCCAGCUUUGUUGAAUCACGCGUGGUGUGCGAUGCAGGGUUGUCGUGAUGAUCCUAGUUUAAGACAGUACUAUGAUCCCGAGUUUCAAUUUCCUUUUGAGGUUGAUAGUAUAGACGUUUCACAGAAGUUAGAAAAAUCAUCUGUUCCGUCAUGGAGAAUACGUGAUGCGGUCAAUUGGAGUCCAAAUCGAGGAAAAUAUAGGGGACAGAAAAAAAGACAAGAACGACGAAAAGCGGUGGAACCUGUCCCCUGGACGUUGCCUCCGGUGAGUUAAGGUAAUAAGAAUGUUAGUAUUCUCUAGUUACGAAUAGGAAUAAUAUUACAAAGCUAAUUUUUAAAAAUACACUACCUGAUUUGAAAUAGAUUAUGCACAUAGAAGAGAUGGUCUACUAUUGAACUCUAAAUUUAUUUAUCGAUACUGCUGCUCAAUUUUUGGCUCUGAAGAGAAAAUGUGAACGGUUUAUAAUAACGACCAAUCCACAAGGUGAUUUAUUUUCUUAGUAUUAAAGUCCGUUAUAAAAAGCAGUGCCAAAAUUUCAGUACAUAAAUACAUUGUAUUGUUGAAUGGCCUUAAGGAAUGCCGAAUAGUAGACUAAGCAUGCCGAAUAGUAGACUACGCGAUUUUUCUAUCUUUAAAGAUACCCUUUUGCUCUACGAAUUCAUAAAUUAUGCGAAUCGAAAAUUCUUACAAUACAAACGUCAUAGAACUUUGUUCAAGAGUUUUUGUAUUCCUUGGGGGUCACUGACGUUUAAAUUAAAUACGUUUGAAGUAAGAAAUUAAUACAGCGAAAUUCUAAAAAAAAAAAUAUCUGUUCUCCAACAGUAGUUAGUUGACUUACUUACCUACCUAGUUACUAAUAGGGUGGGAAUCAAGGGUACUUAGUAACUCAGAAUUUGGAUAAAUAUCCAGGAUCGAGUAGAGUGUAUUUUUUUACCUGUGAUCACUUUAUGUCUGUAGUGAAAAAUUAUCUGCUGAUAUAUGAACUGAGAGCUGUACAAUGCCGGGUUUGAUUGCUCAGACAUUGUGUAAGUACAUAUAAUAGCAUGAAAUAAAGGUAAAAGACAGGAAUUAGCGACUUAAAACAAUAGUGAAAUCUCAUUGAAAAAAUUUCUCUCUAUAUCAAAAAAAAAUAAAAUAAAAUAAAAAGCAAUACAAUGCAGUACGAAUAUACCUGACGCAACUGUUUCAAGUAUUAGAGUUUACCGAUAAAAACGCUCUGAUACGCUCAACCGUGGCAUGAUGUAAAAUUAUGUGCUCAUCGUCAAACGGACAUUGUUUUUAUGUAUAUCACAUUUUAUAUCAACAUUUUCAAUGUUGAAAAACAAAUUUUAAGUCAUGCCAACUUGUUGCACCGAUAGAAAUCGUUGCAAGAGUAUGUAAAAAAGUAUCAGUAGUUUGAUUUAAUGUCUAUGUUGUGAUUAUGAAGUUGGGGUAGUCGAAACAUUUGAAUGAAACAGAGUUUGCUUGAGAUUUUAUAGAUCGUUGAUUAGUUAAAAUUGUCCGAAUUACACAAUCGACAAAAAGGUGUCUGGUUUAACAAAAUAAAAGUACUCUAGUGAUCUGUUGUGAUAACUCGGAAAAAAUUGUAUUAUAAGUUACGAAAAAUCUAAUUAAUCUAUGCGUAGAACAAGUUAUGUAUCUUUUAACGAUUUUGUAGAAAUGACGAUAUCUAUUUAUGUAUUGUUUAAUUCAUACACAUACAAGAUACACAGACUCAAAAAUAGUUUUUGCAUCUAUACAAAAGCUUGGAUGUGGCGAACUGCGACGGUUUCGAGUUUUAUACGAUUAUUUACUCAAAUUAUUUCUAAAGAAUAUAAACUUGGAUAUAUUGAUAAGACACAUUUUUUAAACAUUCUAAGGGCCGCAUUGAAAAACCUGUUUUAACGUAUAGAAGGGGUCAAUUAAUUUAUAGCUGGCAAUCAGAUGUCAGGAUCCGUCAACGUGUGCAAUGCUUAAAUCUGUUUCUGAAUCAAAAUAUCUUCACAGAUUUUAUCGUGAGAUAUUACAUUUUAACUGAUUGUGAAGCACAAUUAGUUUAGAUUAGAUUAUAUUUAUAUCAGUGAAAUUUUAUCCAAAUAUGGAAUGUAUAUUUUGAGGAUGACCAAUUACGUGUUAAUUGAUUACGAAUAACAGUCAAUAAUGACAAGCAUAAUAUAUAUUUAAGUAACAUGUUUGCAAAUACCAUAUAAAACUGUACAUAGCAAAAAAAUGGUAUAUUAUAUAUUAUAUUUUACACGAUUCAUACAUUAUUGUAUAUACUAUACAUAUUAAAGUUUGUGGUAAAAUAAAAACUAAAGAAUCAGUCUAAUUAUUAAUGUUUGUCGUGAUUUCAUUAUUCAUAUGUAAUCUGUAAUUUGUAACGAAAUUUUGGUACGCAUGCAUUAUUGCUUAUGUUGACUUGUACUUAAGCUCGUG